GGGAAUGGGCUGCCCGAGAGAGUCUUGUCUUUAAUGAAGGCCCCAUCCAGAGCCAGAUGGCAUUUACUGGUUGCUUUAGUUUGAAAUAUCCUGGCAACCCCCAGCCAGGGGACUUGAUUGAAGUGUUUCGCCCUGGCUAUCAGCACUGGGCCCUGUACUUGGGCGAUGGCUAUGUUAUCAACAUAGCACCUCGAGAGGAUGGCAUCUCUGCAUCAUUUACAAGCGCCAAGUCAGUAUUCAGCAGAAAGGCCCUGGUGAAGAUGCAGCUCUUGAAGGAUGUUGUGGGAAAGGACAGAUAUAGAAUAAACAAUAAAUAUGAUGAAACCUACCCUCCUCUCCCCAUGGAAGAAGUCAUACAACGGUCAGAGUUUGUUAUUGGACAGGAAGUGGAGUAUGACAUACUAGUCAACAACUGUGAGCAUUUUGUGACUUUGCUUCGCUAUGGAGAAGGAAUUUCAGAGCAGGCCAACAGAGCACUAAACACCAUUGGGGUUGUGACAGCUGCUGCCGGUGCCUUGUCAUUCCUGGGCUUGUUCUCAAAGAGACAAAGAGCAAAUACUAUUAACAAUUUACUGAAGAUAUAUUGGAACUGAAGAAAUUUGUGAGGAGGGGAAAACAAAAACUGGGGUGAAUACUUAUUUUCAAUGCAUCAUAUUGUUUCAAACUCCAGUGAUGGAUGGCAGGCUCUUUAAUAAAUUGCUUACUGAUAUUAUCUCAUCAUUGAGCCCAGGAAAUUUUUCUCCCUACUAGCAUAGAUUUUCUGUGGCAGCUGGAACAAGAAGCAGUAGCCUUGUGA